UAGAAGACUGAGAAGACCUGCUGAAGGACAAAGGAUGAGCGAUCUUCCCUCAGAACGCGUAGAGCCUUCUCCACCUUUUAUGUAUUGUGGAAUGGACUGCUUUGGUCCUUUUGUGACUAAAGAAGGAAGGAAACAUCACAAACGGUAUGGUCUGCUUCUAACAUGUCUGUGUUCAAGAGCUAUUCAUAUAGAAAUGUUAGAAGAUAUGUCCACAGAUGCGUUUAUUAACAGUCUAAGGUGCUUUAUCGCAAUUCGAGGCACGGUACGACAGAUCAGAUGUGACCAAGGUACCAAUUUCGUAGGUGCAAAGAACGAACUGAACUUGGCACUGCAGGAGCUCGAUCCAGAAAGGCUCACUACUUUUUUGACCGACAAACAAUGUGAUUUCGUUUUGAAUGCACCCCAUUCUAGUCAUGCAGGGGGUGUAUGGGAACGGCAAAUCAAAACUGUAAGGAGUGUUCUUAGUGCUACCAUCACCCUUUCAGCAGGCAGGCUAGAUGAUGCUUCAUUGCGCACCUUGCUUUAUGAAGCCAUGGCAAUAAUCAAUAGUCGACCCCUUACAGUUGACAACCUGAAUGACCCCAAGAGCUUAGAACCACUCACACCUAAUCAUCUGAUUACCAUGAAAUCCACCACAGCCCUACCUCCACCAGGAAAGUUCAUAAGAGAGGAUGUGUAUAUGAGGAAGAGAUGGAGACGUGUGCAGUAUCUUACUGAACAGUUUUGGAGCAGAUGGAAAAAAGAGUAUCUCCACAACAUCGCUGCUCGACAAUGCUGGCAUGCUCCAAAAAGGAACUUUCAAAUUGGUGACAUAGUCAUGGAUAUUGAUGAAACCUUACCAAGGAGUGAAUGGAGGCUUGGAAGGAUUACUGAGACUGUUCUGAGUUCAGAUGGACUGCUUUUCACAACGCACGGCGCUAAAGAGAGAAGGGGAAUGGGAGAGUGAACGCUUCAUUACGGCUUAAAACUCGUUCACGAAAGAGAUGUAACAAGUUUAUUUAGCAACCCCCCGAAAAGGCAUAAGGUUUGUGUUUUUUAUACGCUGUUGAUUUAAUACAAGUGUUUUUGUCAGCAUCGCUGAAUAUGUCAGGUAAUGUUGAUAUACGUUUUGUAUCACUUUGUUCAGCUCUUACGGUGAUUUCUGAAGACGAAAGGGAACAGAAAUAAAAGUCUGGAAACAUCAGUAAAAGUUUCGGCCAUCAUUCGGACGGGGUCC